AUGAUUUCCGUGUAUUACGUUUUCGAUAGCGACAGUGAUAGCGAAGAUAUUGAAAAUGUAACGAUUCAUCGCAAAAUAUUGCGAUGUAAAUCCGACCCACUGAAUUUCUCAUCAGCAGAGUUUAAGAAAAAUUUUCGAAUCUCUAAGGAAAUGUUUUUGACCAUACUUUCCGAAAUUGAAACCAAAUUUCCGCCAUCGAAGGGAGCAGGUCUGACGCCAAAAGAGAAAUUGGCGGCUACAUUACGAUUUUUGGCUGAAGGCAGCUACCAACAAAGCGUCGGUCAAGAUUGGAAUGUGGCAAUUGCCCAGUCGACGUUUUCAGUUAUAUUUCGCCAAACAUUGAAAAUAUUGGAAGAAACACAGUGCCCAAAACGGAUUAAGCUAGAAAUGGAUGACAGUGAACAACAAGAAGCACGGCUAUAUUUUUAUGAGCAAAGUGGAAUCCCGGGUAUCGUAAUGUGUGCAGACGGCACGCAUGUUAAAAUCAUAGCGCCGAAGGAUAACAGGGAUCAGUACUACAAUAGGAAAGGCUUUUACAGUUUAAAUGUGUUGAUGCUUUCUAUAAAAGUGUUUCUUUUAUAUUUAAAGAUUUGUGACCAUAAAAUGGCUAUCCGAUACGUCAACGCUGCGUACAGUGGAGCAAAUCAUGAUGCUCAUAUAUGGGCAGUCUCUGGCGUAGAUAACUUUUUUGCCGAGAAAUAUCGAAGUGGAAAUACAGUUUUUAAUGUACUGGCUGAUUCCGCGUAUCCAUCCAAACCAUGGAUUGUAACGCCGAAUAGAAAUACAACUGUAAAUUCUCCGGAAGCCGUUUAUAAUAACCGCCAUGCCAAGCUACCGCACGAAGCGUAA